ACACGCUAAACCCCCAAAGGGGAAGCCACAACAUCAACACCACGUCUUCCCACACCCCCCUCCUUCCAUCCUGCGCUCCAUCCGUCCAUCCAUCCAAACCACUUCCUACCGUACUCGAGCACCUGUACUAAUCCGCCAACCAACAUUCUUCGGGGGAAAUAAAAUAAAAUAAAAUUAAUCCCAGUAACGAAAAUGGGCCGCUCCCAACCAAGACUCAAACAGCUCCGCAUAGAUACCUACAACAGUUCCUCAACGGGUCACCAAGUCGGCUCGGGCAUUUCGAAGCCUGCCUCGUGGCAUAGGUCUCGGAACUCAAAGUUACAGAAACAGUUCCGUGAGGCUACUCCUGCUAUUGCCGUCGCCGCCAUAUCAACAGCAUCGAAGCCAGAGGUGGAGGAGAAGGAGAAGGAGAAGGGGGAUGGGGUUGGGGUUGGGGUUGAGAGGAAGAAAAAGAUAUUCGCUGGAUGCACGAUAUACGUUAAUGGAUCCACCGCACCGCUGAUUUCAGACGUUGAGUUGAAGAGGGUACUCGUUGCCAACGGGGCCGCCGUGACAACAGUUAUGAGUCGGAAGCGGGUUAGUCAUGUUGUUCUUGCCAGACCUGUUGAUGGACUCGGUAAUUGUGGAGGGGGAAUUGGGGGUGGGCUUGCGGCGGGGAAGUUACAGAAGGAAGUUUCGAUGAAGAAGGGGAAUGGUAUCAGAUAUGUGCGUGUUGAGUGGUAGGUUUCUAUCCUUGUUUCUAUCUUCAUUUCAUCUGGUUAUUUUGUUUCUGCAUUGGCUGGAGUUAAACAACCUAACAUACCUAUGGCUUCAGGGUUCUCGAAUCCCUUGUGGCAGAGAAGCGGCUGUCCGAGAGUAAAUAUCCCGUCUUGAACUUCAGAGGCGGAAGUGCCUCCCUGGAUAGCAUGUUUGCGAAAGGGGCCUAGCCUUCCGUCCUUCAUUUCUGCUAUCCAAUCCAUGCAUGUUUUUAUUUAAUUGGGCUUUUAUACGGGGUUGGAAAUGGAACGACGUUUGCGGCGGGGGUGGGCGGUAGCAGCGGCGAGGGAGAUGCUGUCCGCUGGGUUGGCGUGUUUUUAUUCUGUGUCGCGUCAGCCUGGCCUAGGCUCCCGGUGGUUGAUUGAUAUAUUAAUGGCCCAACUGGUACGGCGUGGGUUUGGUUCAUUGAUUAUGACUCGGAUCGUGUUGGGGGAAAAAAAGCACGAAAGGGUAAGAUGGUUGAAUUCCUGAGUGCCUGAAUGUUGUAUGAUGUGAUAGAACGGGAAUUUGCAUAGCUUUGCUGGUAUUGCCUUUCAUUUUCCUUUUUUAUUUCAUUUUCUAUUUUUUUUAUUGGGGGGCUGGAUUUGGUCCUGAGGUUGUAUUGGUGCAAGUUGUACGGUGCGGUUUGGUUUUUACCAUUUUUUCUGUGUUCUUGUGCUGUAGUGGUGUGAUACGGUUUGUUGCAUUGUGCUUGUAUUGCUGUACCUGUACGGGUGCGCUGAUGAUAGACUGAUGCCCUCAAUCCGCGCUUGCCUGAGUGGGUGCCUUACGUGAUGUUUUUGGCCG